GAGGAGCUGUGUGCGAGAAAACACUGGCACUGGCAACAGUUCAGCUACACACUCUCGGAUUUUCGUUAUUCCUGCCGAGGACGACGUUGUCAAAACCAGGAUUUAUGGCUGCCAAGUAGUGGUAGUAUCGGCGGGGAGAUAUUCGGCGUUUGAAAGAUCUGAGAAGGAAGUGCCAUGUGACACCAUGACCCUCAACCUCGCCCCCUUAGCCUGAGCCUGGGCUUGAGCUAGGAAACAGGAAAAUUGGCUGCAGCCCUUAGAUGCCCCGUGGCGUUGUCUGAAUCAGCGAGUUCUGUUGCUUCCAAACAUACAACACUCAAGACAACAGGGAGCUGCAUAACCUGGCAGGUUCCACAAGUAGCUGCUCACUGCUUCCCCGACUGGGACUCCAUGGCUGCCGGUGCUGCCGCUUGAUUCAUUGCACUGUCCAGCAUCCCCCACAUUUGAAGCUUGGAUAGUAUCCAUCAUUGUUGUACUACAGUCAGUUCCUGUCGUCUGUAGCUUCAUGGAGGGGUUUCCUGUCCAUUGACCCAGCAGGCUGACUCACUGGACCAGCAGCUAUGUCCGCCUGCAGCACCUUCACCGAGCACGUGUGGAAACCAGGCGAGUGCAAGAACUGCUUUAAACCUAAGAGUCUGCACUGUCUGUCUCAGAGUACUGGAAGGAAGCCUCCUUCUGAACAGAGGCCACCUACAAUUCAGCAACAGAAUCCACCCCCUGCUGGGGCCAGAGCCAAUACUAACCUUACCAUCAACUCCCAGAGGGCUGGCAGUGGGUCUGCCCGCUCAGGACACUUACGUCCACCGGUGGCUAAGAAGCCAACAAUUGCUGUUAAGCCCACUAUGAUGCUGCCCUGCUCCUCUGCAGGACUGGAUUCAGAUGGCAACCUGCAACGACCACCAAAUUUGAUAGAACAAGGUAAAACUUCAGCCUUCACGGUCUGGAAUCGCAAUGGACUGAACCGCAAGAGGCCUGGUGGGCCCAGCAACAACAAUGAAGGAGAAGAUGGUAGUGAGGAGAUUGAAGGUUAUGGACAACUUAGCCCAAGGACUCCUAGUGGAAAUAACAACAACAGUGGACUGACUGAUGUUCUAAAGGAAAUUGCUGGGUUAGGCCCUGGCCCUAGCUCCACGCUCCUUUCCGGUUCCAAGCACUUGUUUUGGGGACGAAUUAGUAGUUCAUACCAACGGUCGUUAGAAAGAGGCCUUCCAGCCUCAAGCUGUCUUGCCAUGGGAAGCAGCAGCUGUGUUGGUGGUGGCAUUGCUCAAAAACAGGUAUCCCUUAAUGAUAGCUCUGAAGUCAUCAGCACAGAGGGUGGUCGCUUUUGCUACCCAGAGUUUUCCAGUGAAGAUGAUGAGGAAGAUGAAGAUGAAGAGACUGAAAGGGAAGAUGAUGAACAUGAGAGCUGGGAUGAAAGUGAUGAAGAGUUACUUGCCAUGGAGAUCCGUAUGCGAGGCCAACCAAGAUUUUCAGUUUUCCGCGCCGCCACAUUGUCUCCGGUGCCCUUUGCUGCAGGGAAAAAGUGGAAUACUGUGCCACUUCGCAACCGCUCGCUUCAGCGGAUUUGUGCAGUGGACUAUGAUGAUAGCUAUGAUGAGAUCUUGAAUGGAUAUCCAUCCAUGGAUUCCAAUGGAGCUCUUCUUCCCUAUGGGACCCAUGACAUGCAAGGAAGUGGUUUCCUAUCAAAUUCAGAGUGUACCACUUCUCCAGAAUCAUCGUCAUCACUACCAGAAGAUUCUCGAACAAUUUCCAGCAGUGGGAGCAGUGCCCCCUGUGGUCUUCGAAAUGGCUUGCAUUCUCCCACAUCUUCUAAGGCAUUUGUCCCCUGCACUUCUCCACCGAAAAAGGAGCCCGUCCACAGAGCACUGAGUCCACUCAAGGUGACUGAAACGCACAAGGCUGUCCUGGCCAUUAGAUUAGAAGAUCAGGAUGGCAGAGAAGGCACGCCAAUGCCCCAGGCCCUUCCAGGUCAACCAGUCACUAUUAGUUUCAGUCCCACAGAGGAACAGGCUAAACCAUACCGUAUAGUGAAUUUGGAAAAAUCACUAAUCUGCAAGCCUUACACUGUAGUGGACGUGUCAGCAUCCAUGGCCAACAAAGAAGAACAGACUUCAGACUCUACUCCAAAACCCAAAAAAAUAUCAAUGCCUUCCAGCCCUACAUCAUUGGCUAGCACUCCUUUAGGUCAGCCCCUGUCUCCAACCUCCCUUCUUUCUCCUUCUUCUCCUCUGAUGCCAACAUCACCCACAUCUGUGGGUCUGUCGGGUAACUCCCGGAAGAAAUCAGGGAACAUACGCUACCAAGAAGUGUGGACAUCAAGCACAAGUCCUCGCCAAAAGAUACCUAAAGUGGAUCUAGGGGUUAGGAGUAAUCCUGGCCCCUCCAUCCCUACUCAACACUGCAGCCACAAGUCAGCUCCAACUUCACCCAUUGCUGGGCUAUCUUCCUCCCGAACUGUCCCUGUGAAAUCCUCCAACUUCUCAGAGAUAAAGUUUAAUAGUUUCAAUAAUGCAGGCAUGCCUCCUUUUCCCAUUAUUAUUCGAGAUGAACCAGCCUAUGCCCGCAGCUCCAAGAAUGCUGUUAAGGUACCUAUUGUUAUUAAUCCAAGUGCAUAUGACAACCUAGCUGUGUACAAGAGCUUUUUGGGACUCAGUGGGGAAAUCACACAGCCAAAAGGGGUAGGUAGUAGGGUAGGCAGCCAUACUUAUGAAGAGAUUGGAUCCUCUGAGAGUGUCCAGUCCUCCUCAACAGAGAAAACUAUCUCUGGUAGAGGUACAUCAGAGAGAGCCUCUUUUGAAGAGACAAAAUCUCCACCUGAGGGAGUGUCAAAAACACCACAUUUACAGCUUAGAACCACUACAGACUCAAGCACUGUGAUGAGCUCCACAGUUGGGGCCCUCUCGCCCACUACAUCACAAAAUUCCCCUGCAAGUCUUGCCAUUACUGCCAACCUACCUAAAACCAGCUCUACUGCUAAUGCUGUUACACACACUUGCAAGACAAGUGGAGACCCUACUUGCAGUAAAGAUGAUAAUACAGAAAUGGCUUUGUCCUCUGGGACAGUGGUAAGCCAUAGGGAGGAGGCCAGUGCGGUGCUUUUACAGAUUGUGGCCUCCAUCCAUCCUCCCCAGUCUCCUCCAGAGUCGCCCUCAGUGCAAGCCAGUAACCUUAGUUCUGAAGAUUUGUAUGCCCUCCCACCUGAUGCCAUGAAGGAGACCCUCACCCGACCCAAGUCUCUCUUUUCCACAACUGAUGGCUGUCUUUCCAAACCAAAGAAAGACACGCCCUCCAAAGUUUUAUCUAAAUCCCAGAGUGCCUCUGCUGCUGUCCCACUCUCUAGCCCCCGGUCAGAGCCCAAUGCCCCCUUCCCCCCUCCUAGAUCUACAUCUUCUCCUUACCAUGCUUCUAACAUCCUGCAGAGACAUUUUGGCAACUGGACCAAGAGCUCUGCCUCCAGUUCUCCAGUACGACCUAGUGAAAGUGAAGCAAGUCCAGGCGGAGAUGGGAGACGUAUUUCAACAGAAAGCUCCAAACCCAAACGCUGGAUCUCCUUUAAGAGCUUUUUCCGUAGGCGGAAAGACGAGGAUGAACAGAGAGAGAGAGUGGAGAGAGAGAAGGACAAAGGCAAGCUGGUUGGGCUUGAUGGAACAGUUAUUCACAUGCUUCCACCACCACCAGUCCAACAGCAUCACUGGUUCACCGAGGCUAAGCCAGAGGAUCCCACCCAGAAGCCAACUAUCAUAUUCACCUACAAACCAGAAAGUGGCAGCCCCCCUGGUGACGGAGAAGGAGAACUACGAGUAGAGGAGUCUAGAGAAAAUGCACUACUGACACUUGAUGAGAGCAAUGAAUCCAGACCUCUGAGCCCAGAACGAAUGCCACCCUCACACAACUCUGGAUGUGAUCUCAUCAGCAAGGAUUGCAGCCAGGUACCCGUCAGUGCCAGCAGUGCCAGGGAUCGAGAGCUGCCUGGUGCCGCGUCCCUGCCUGCCAAAGUGAAUCUGGGGCUGCUGCUCGGGGAGGUUGAGGGGGGCCAUGCCAACCAGGUUGCCCCAGCAGCCUCAGUCAGCGAGGGCAGCGCCAGCCUCGAAGAGCCAGAGGACGACGGGAAUCACUCCCAUCACUCCCAUCAUUCCCACUCUCCCGCCUCCAGCCAAUGUAGUGCCACGUACAGCAACCUGGGACAAUCCAGAGCCAAUAUGAUCCCGCUGAAACAGCCACGAAACAUGAAAGCAUCCAACGACACCUUAGCCUCCAUCGACCUGGACUGCCUUGCUGACCAGCCAGCCUCGAAGGCCACACCACCACCACUACCUAAGAAGUCUGUACCUCGCUCCAGUACUGAACCCAACCUAGUAGGCAAAGAGUCAGUCCAGGGAGGCCUGAGACUUCGUGCUGAGGCUCGACCCGGGGGCACCAACCUGAGUGUGGCCAACCCUAUCUACGACUUGGACUGGGAGACGGCUAGUCAGAGCUCCUCCCUCAGCUCCGAGCCUCAUCGAGUCCAUGACCUCGAAAGCGGGGACUCCCUGGAGAGGCCAUUAGCUUCCACGGCAACCAACAAGGGCCGCCCGACCAACAGCGUGCCCUCCCUGGUUCCUCAAACUGCAUCUGCUGCACCCGGCGCCACAAGUGGCCGGGAGAGGAGGGCCUACCUGAGUACAGAGUCUCUGGCUGGAAGGGGUCGGACAACAGGCCGAGGUGCUGCUGCCGCCGGAGGCUCCAAACCCCAGAGACCUGCUCUUUACAGGGGGUUAGACAGCUGGGAUGAGGUGGUGGGGAGAAUCCGGGGGCUUCACACGGACACGCUGCGGAAGCUGGCGGCAAAGUGCGAGGACCGUUUCAUGGCUGGUCAGAAGGAUCACUUGAGGUUCGGCACUGACAGCUGGUCCCACUUCAGGCUGACCACCGGGAAACCCUGCUGUGAGGCGGGGGACGCUGUAUACUACACGGCCUCCUACGCCAAGGACCCGCUGGUCAACUACGCCAUCAAGAUCUGUCGAAGCAAAGUAAAGGAGACCCAGCAGCAGUUCUUCCACAGCCUCGCAGUGAGACAGAGCCUCGCCGUCCACUUCAAUAUUCAGCAAGACUGUGGACACUUCCUGGCUGAUGUCCCCGCCCGCCUGCUGCCCUGGGAAGAGGAAGAAGGUGAAGAGGAAGAGGAUGAGGUGGAAGAUGUAAAUGGAAUGAAGGAGAAACGGAGAGAGGUUGAAACUGAAGGCAAGACAACGGACUCCAAAGCGCCUAAUGGUAAAUUAGAUGAAACUCCGGCAGCAGGUCACAUGAACACUAUUGGCCGUUUGCGGAGCCGGGUGGUGGUCAUCACACGCGAGGUGCCCUUCCAGACGGUGGCCGACUUUGUGCGAGAAGGCGCGGCACGACAUACUCAUAACCCGGAGCUGUAUGAGCGUCAGGUCUGUCUCCUGCUGCUGCAGCUGUGCUCCGGGCUGGAGCACAUGAAACCUUAUCAUGUGACCCACUGCGACCUGCGACUGGAAAACCUGCUACUGGUCCACUGCCAAGCUGGCAACUCCUGGAAUCUGGACAUUAUUGAACCCAAUAACAACAGCAGCAGCGGCGGCGGCGGCGGCGGCAGUUCUGGUGCGACCUCUGCUGGUGCUGCUACUGUUGCAGCCAAUGCCACCUGCCCCGCCCGCCUCAUCAUCAGUAACUUCUCUCAAGCAAAACAGAAAAGCGCUCUCAUGACCGCCGACCCUGGUACGCUGCGCGACCAGUCACGCCUGGCGCCUGAAAUUGUCACAGCGACUCAGUACCGCAAGUGUGACGAGUUCCAGACCGGGAUUCUCAUCUAUGAGAUGCUGCACCGGCCCAACCCCUUCGAGGAGACGCCGGAGCUGAAGGAGCGUGAGUACACCUGGGCGGACCUGCCGCCGCUGCCCAUCAGAUCACUCUAUUCCCAGGGUCUGCAGCAGCUGGCCCGGUUACUGCUCACCGUCAACCCCUCUGAAAGGAUCCGCAUGUCCGAGGCCCGGGCCUGCCUGCAGUGCUUGCUCUGGGGCCCUCGGGAGGACUUGUUCCAGGCGCUGGGCUGCAGCAGCACGGGCCCCAUGUCAGGGGCCACCUCCAGCCAGCGCGAGGCCACCCUCCAGAACUGGCUGGACCUGAAGCGCACGCUGAUGAUGAUCAAGUUUGCGGAGCGCUCGCUGGACGCGGCUUGCGGCGUGAGCCUGGAGGACUGGCUGUGCUGUCAGUAUCUGGCAUUUGCCACCACAGACACCCUGAGCCGGGUGGUGCACAUCCUGCAGCAGCCGCAGCCACAUUCUCAGUCCCAGAACCAGAGCCAGCCGGGACAGGCAGCGCCGAGCCAAACUCAAACACACCAAACACACCAAACACACACCCUCCACCUGACUCAGUCGCAGCCACUCUGAGUUCCUCCAGCCAGCUGUUACUAUGGCAACAGAUCCAACUUCCCCCGUGUGGUCCCUCUGCUGACGCUAAUGUGUGAUGUAAGCUAAUAGUCAGCUUUGUUGUUGCAGCAGCCACAGUGCUCACCUAGAACUAAACACUUCCCAUGCGCAGGCUCCAUGAUCAGGGUUAUUCUGCAGGAUGAAGCGUCCAUCCGCCAUCGCUCUCAGAUCCAAUCCAACAUCUGAAACAUUAUAGCAAGUGGACGUCAUUCUGUUCUCUUGGCAGUGACUUUCCAGACAUCUCUUCAUUAUUCACUUCAUCUGUGUCACAUGUCACGUGUGUUAAAACACUCCAGCAGUCCCCAGAGUGAAGAGAUUUACCAAGUGUGUGUGUGUGUGACGCAUUUCUACCUUUUUUCUCGCCAAGUUCUGCAAGACUACAGAGUUUGUUAUAGCUACAUAUAAGUUAUAGUUUGCGCGGCAGAUGUCUCCAGGGUUUAUUUGAGGCACCGUCAAGUGGAAUACACAUCAAUAUUCUUUAAAAAGUACUUUCAUCAGACAUCUAAAGAUACACUACAGUUAGAUUGUGGAGACAACACUUGAGGAAGCGGCAGAAAUGGAGAUUUAACUUGUUUUUAAAGAGAAGUGAAGUGAAGUGAAGUGAAGGGGAAGCCAUCUGUUCUUUUUUUAUCUAGACUGAUGAGAGAUAUGUUUUACCACUGAAGCCAAAGAUCUGCCACACAUAGUCCUCUACACAUUUCAGUUUAUUUGCGAGAUGCAGUCCGACAUGAUAACGGUUACUGGAUUCGUCGUUAGUACCAAAGUUUGCUCAGCCGACGCUCGGCUCAAAUCAGUGAGAUGUCGCUCUUUGUGAUUCCCCCCCCCCCCCCCCCUUAAACGCUGGUGUCUCACACCACACUUCACUCCUGUGCCACAGGGCUUUGAGCGAGGCAGGUGAUGAACACCGAGCUAAAGUUUGCUUUUAGACGCUUUGAAGUGAAGAUGGGACACGACUGCCUCGGCUGUUGCUUUGGGUCCUUAUGAGUAUGUGCAAUUCAUAUCUGUGUUGUUUUCCUUUGAAGGUCACAGCGUAUGAACACUUUAAAUGCAGUCUUUUUUUUUUACUAAUCUUCUCUUCCAUUAGUUUUGUGGCACAUAAACUGAUUAAUUAUCAGUUCAAUCCUGCAAGUUCUAAACAGACACACAGUGCGGCGUACAGAACUCCUCACAGCGCAUGGGAGGGCGGGGAUGUUUCAGGGACUGUCGUGUUGUUUUUUGUGGUCAAGUUGUUUUCGGACGGUCCUUGCGUUUACAGAUUUGCACAUUCGGCCUGAACGUCGGCGCUCCUCGACGGAGACCGAGGACACGAUGGCGCGGGGAGAGACUUGAUGUGUUUGUUUUUGCAGCGUGUGGAAUGUAAAAGUUCGCUUGGACUGAAACGGACGUUUUGGACUUGGUCUCAUCCGCUCAAGAGAUACGCUCAUCUUCCAACCGACCCACUUAGUUUCACAUAUGAACUCUGUGGAAUAAUCGGCCUCAGCCUUGAAGAGACACUCAACCGCUGAGACUUCCGUUCCUCCUGCCUCUCGUUUCCCCGUGCGGCCCGACAGGACGGCAGACGCUCACUGCUCGUCUGUGUGAUUGAGCAGAAGCUUUCAGCCUGUAGUCAGUGGAAGUAAUGCGUGUACACAAGCCUCCGCUUCCCCAUGAGAACAAUCUUCUUUAUGAUCAUCAAACACCCUAAAAAGCAUCUUCAACAGUAACUCAGUGUACUUCUGUGCUUUGCUCUGGUUAACUUGGGGGGGGGGGGGGA